AGUUUACGCUGCUAGCCUUCCUUACAAUCCCCUUCCAUGGAGGCUUUUUUGGAUUCUGUUAUUUUCAGCCAUAACCUACAUUAUGCUCACAAGCCUCAAGGUUCUAAUUGGCAUGGUUCUACGGAAGCAUGCCAGAUGUUGUGAAUGGCCAUGUUAAACGACCACAGGAUGAAGACAUACAAUCCAAUGUACUGGAAAUAAUUGGAUCAAAUAUUCAGUCCACAUACAUUAGGUGCCCAGCUGCCCCAGCUGCAACACUUGGUAUAAAACUUCCAUUCUUGGUUUUGAUUGUCAAGAAUCUAAAGAAGUAUUUCACAUUUGAGAUUCUAGUUUUGGAUGAUAAGAAUGUCAGACGACGAUUUGGAGCCUCAAAUUUUCAAGCUGUCACUCGGGUAAAGCCCUACAUGUGCACUAUGCCACUGAGAAUGGAUGAGGGGUGGAAUCAAAUCCAGUUUAACCUGGCUGAUUUCACCAAGAGAGCAUAUGGUACUAAUUAUGUGGAGACACUGCGAGUUCAGGUCCAUGCAAACUGUCGCCUGAGAAGGAUUUACUUCUCUGACCGCCUCUACUCUGAAGAGGAACUCCCUCCAGAGUUCAAAUUGUACCUUCCAAUGCAGAAAUCAUGAAAAAAUGGGAGUUUGGAGUUGUAGCCUGGAGAAAUUGAUGUGAUUUUAUAUGCGUACUACAUAUAGUUCUACUAGUUGACUUUAUUCUAAACUUUCUAUCUAUGUUGUGCUAGAUUAAUAUUGCUCGUUCAAGUAACAUUAAGUUGUGUAGGGUGUUCUGAUGCUUGUCUCUAAUAUUGGAUGUUGACUUUGAUGAUGAUUGGUGUCUUUGUAUGUUAGUUUCUAACCAAAGAAAGGAUGAUAGUGUUAUAAA